GGACUCACCACUGGACUGCUCUGUCGGCUGUCCCUGCUGGGUCAAUGAAGAAAGCAAAACAGUAUGCUCUUUAUUAUCCAUAAGUGUACUAUGGACACAGUGCACUCUCUUCCAGCUUGACUACUCGGUUGUCUACAAACAUAUCAAGUCAAACAACCAAAUCUGAAAAGCGUCUAUCUUAAUUCAGAGAUGUCUGUUUUGAUGUCGCAGAGCAGACCGCUCUUAUUUUGAAGGUGGAGGUAACGCAGAAUGCGACACAGGAAGUUCCGCAGCAUUAAAGCUGCCGCUGAAGUGUUGCCAUAACAGGCAAGAGGCUAACGCUAAUGUUUGCUAACUAAAUAGCAGAAUAGUUAUUGUUGUAGUGUGUGUGUGUUCCAGUCUGAACCAUGGAACAGUGUGCAUGUGUCGAGCGGGAACUGGAGAAGGUGCUCCAUCGCUUCGUGAUGUAUGGCCACCAGUCUGAGGAGAGGCUAGAUGAGCUUCUGCGCAGUGUUUGUGAGAUACGAGGACAGCUAGUCGCUUUUGGAGUACAAGAUGCAGACUUAUCAGUGCUAUCUCAGACGAUGGCACAGUGUUGUAAGAAUAUCAAAGAAACAGUGCAGAUGUUAGCCUCCAGACAUAAGGACAUCCAUGGCAGCGUGUCAAAAGUGGGCAAAGCCAUUGACCGGAAUUUCGAUGCAGAGAUCAGUGCUGUGGUGGCAGAGACUGUGUGGGACACCCCAGAGAGACAGAAAUACCUGAGUGAGACCAUAGUGGAGCACCUGUACAGACAAGGAAUGCUCAGUGUAGCAGAGGAUCUUUGUCAGGAGUCUGGUGUAGUUAUAGAUAUGAGCAUGAAGCAGCCUUUCCUGGAGCUCAACAGAAUCCUUGAAGCACUGAGGAUGCAGGACCUCAGGCCGGCACUGGAGUGGGCCGUGACAAAUCGGCAACGGCUUUUGGACCUGAACAGCAGUCUAGAAUUCAAGUUGCACCGCUUGUACUUCAUCAGCCUUCUCAGUGGAGGAAUUAGCAACCAAAUGGAGGCCCUGCAGUAUGCCAGGCAUUUUCAGCCCUUCGCCUCUCAGCACCAGAGAGAUAUUCAGAUCCUGAUGGGCAGUCUGGUUUACCUGCGUCAUGGCAUCGAUAACUCUCCGUACCGCAGUCUGCUGGAGACGAAUCAAUGGGCAGAGAUCUGUAACAUCUUCACCAGGGAUGCCUGUGCUUUACUGGGCCUUUCUGUAGAGUCUCCGCUCAGUGUUAGUUUUGCAUCAGGCUGUAUGGCUUUGCCAGUGCUGAUGAACAUCAAGCAGGUGAUCGAACAGAGACAGUGCAGUGGAGUCUGGACGCACAAAGAUGAGCUGCCUAUUGAAAUUGACCUCGGGAAGAAGUGCUGGUACCACUCUGUGUUCGCCUGCCCCAUCCUCAGACAGCAGACCUCAGAAAGCAAUCCUCCCAUGAAGCUCAUCUGUGGUCACGUCAUCUCCAGAGAUGCCCUCAACAAACUGACUAAUGCUGGGAAGUUGAAAUGUCCGUACUGCCCCAUGGAGCAGAAUCCAUCACAUGCCAAGCAGAUCUACUUUUGAUAUCGCAUGCUCUCCUCUUGAGUAAGGAUGAAGUCCCCUGGAGCUCUUUUGCUUUUCCAGGACCAUUUGCUCUGGCCCUUUCUCUUCUGUCCCUGGCCUCUCGGCCUGUUAUUGUAAGCAUUAAGGUUUUAUCCCUGUGCUCCUCUGGACAGCCUCGGCCACCCUUUAACCCACCUCGGACCAUCUAACUUUGCAUAGUAUACAGAGUCCAGCGCGGGAAGGUUCAACUACAACCUGUAGUAGAUGAGGAGUGUGUCAGAGAUGACAACCUCCUCGUGAAGAAGCACCUCUGAAAAAGGAUCAUUCAUUGAGUCAUUUGCAAAUACCUGCAGAGUUAUAGGCCUAUCUUUUUAAAGUAUGUAAUACUUUAUAGUGUUUGUUUUCUCGGCUUUAGCGACUGUUUGAGUUGGAUGACUGCUUCUUUUAUCUUUUUCUUUUUUGUGACAGAAGCAGUUGAAUGGUUAUGGAUGAGUGUGUGUGGGUACAAAUGGUAUAGAUGAGCAGUUUCUGAUUUCACAAGGGUAAUUAACUUCUAUUUAAUGAGUAAAAGUGCAGAGAACAAACUGUGUUGAAGGUUUAUUAUUUGCUGGUAAAGGGACAUGUGGAGGUCUGUCUUGAACUGAACUCUCAGCUCUGUCUCUGGUUACUGCUCCUUCAUGUAAUAAAGGCAACACGUAGCUUGAAAGUCACUAUCGGCUGAUGUAUCCGUUUGGUCAGAGGAACACUUGACUUACCGAUGAUGGAACACCUUUUUUCAAAUUUUGGGACUGAGUGCACCAGCAAGAUUUUCCUCAUUGUAGAAGCCAUUUGUCCUGUUCCAUGUAUGUAUUUAACAAACAAUGACAAAAAGGAAACAAAAAAUAUAUACUACUGUGAAAUGUGCUCUGUUUCUACUUUCAUUGCAACUGCCUCAUGUAAGAUAGUAAAUUAAACUGAACAGCAAAAUGCAUAAUCAACACUACUGCAUAACUUUCACAACUAACAACUUGACAGCUCACAUGUCUGCUGUGCCAUCGUGUCACUCUGCCCUGCGUUGUGUACCCUAAGCUUGCACGCCAUGUGAUUUGGAGAUGUAAAGUGGUGUGAUGGUAGCCGUAU